UUAAAAAAGAAAUUUAAAUGAGUAUGGAAAUCAACCAAUGGGAAGCAAAAAGUAUUGAAAGUGAGCUAGAUCGAAUAAGAUCCAAGUACCUUAUGUCUCCUUCAGAUUUUGAAAAAUAGCUCAAGCUUGAAACAUAUGAAUAUCAAUCAAACUGGGACUUUUAAGCCAGAUGGAAUGAGUAGUGAGGCAAAUACGCAAUCUCUGGAUAAGUAUGGGAAUGAAGUCAGAGAAUUUGUGAUCGAACAUCCUCCUGUAAAUCUUCAAACUAGAAGCUCUUAUUCAUUAAGUGUGACAUGAUCUAAUAAUUUUAAUACUCAUGAAAAUAAUGAGAAAGAGAAUAAUGAUUACAAUAAUAAGAUUUAUACAAAAUACCUACCCCAGUAUCAAAAAGGACCUCAGAUUAUAGUCCAUCAUGAUCUUGAGUCUGAACCAGAUAAGCUAGAGAGAAUACAGCACAAGAGAGCUCUCUCUAAGGUCCCUAGUACAGAGCUUAGCAAAACAAGGCUUGAAAAGCAACAUACAAGACAUGGUGCCAGCACCAAUAGUCUUCUGGAUGGCCUUUACAAUCGGAGUAAAGAUAAAUGAACCCAUUGCGCUAAAUAUUCAGACUUAGAUAGAGAGACAGAACUCCAGAAUAAGAAAUAGCAGAUUUGAUCAUGAAAGAUACUCGCAAUCGAGAAAUAAGUCAAGAUCUCCUUUCUUUCAUAGUGUAAAUUCUCUAGAUUCAGGAGGAAUCUGUAGGAAAAGUCAUAAAAGUGGCAAUAGUUCAAUUGAAAGGGAAAGAAUUAUGUAUGAAUCUCAACCAAAUUCAAGGCUGAACAGUAGGAAUAGAUCCUCUGUGGUUAGAAGUAAAAUAGAACCCCUUAGAAAGAGCCCAAUAUUAAUCAAUGUCAAGAAGCUAGACCAACUUAAUCCCCAUAGUUUUAGUGUAAACCAAGAUGUGUUUAAGGAAAAUGCUUUCAAAAAUAAUAUGUAUAAUAAUGGGAUGCGAAGCGCUAUAAAUAUGCCUCUCGCUCCACAUAUUGAAAGUUACUUAGAUAAAAAGCUGCAUGAGACUAAUGAAACCCCUGAGAUUGAGAAAGAAUCUUUACAUACAGAUGAAAACCAAGAAGAGCAUGAGAAACUAGACAUUACAGAUGAUGCAGCAUUGACGAAUCAUCAAAAGCGGAUUAAAUGAAUCUCUACUAAUGCAAAACUCGAGGCUAAGAAGAAAAUGAAGAGGUUUAAGAGAUCUACAGUUUGUUCAAACAGCCGAAUAUCUAUUAACUCCAAAAGGUCAAAAUCUAAGCAUUCUAAAUAAGAGGAGAUCUUGCAGUCGAAAUAACAACAGCACUAAUAGAUCUAACAAAAAGUUAAAAAAGAAUCCUAAGAAGUGAAUACCUCUAGUAAAAAGAAGUGAUAGAAAGCCUAGACUACCGCCAAAGACGACUUCUUCUAAAAUGAGGCCAAAGUUGAAGAAGUUAACUACAACUCCUCACUCAAGUAAUUUCCGUGAAACCCCAUGUGGGUCUGAAUUUCAAGAGACACUGAAGGAAUGAACCGAUUCGAAAUUUCUUGAAGUUAUCGAUAACCUCAGAGAGCUAAGACGGAAGAACUAUUUAAGUACCGAAAACCAGGUCUCGGCCUCUUCAAAGACCAGCAGAAGUAUUAAGACUGAGAUUGAAUUUGAAACAUCUGUUGUCGAACUGAUCAAUGCCUACAACAAAUGCAUGGGGAGUCUUAAGGCAUAUAACUAGUUCAACAACCAAAGGA